ACGAAUAUCCAUAGCGUAUAUAAGCAGAGAAUUCCCUCCGUUUCCCCAUUGUCCAUUGUUCACUGUCCUCCCUAUCCUCUUCAAGAUAUACCCUCAUCCCAUCGCAAGUAACACCACCCAUCAUGGCUUCAAAGACCUGGAACGUCGGAAUUGUGGGUUAUGGCUUCAGUGCCAAGACCUUCCACAUUCCCUUCAUUCAGGAAGUCCCUCAAUUCAAGAUCACCGCUGUUGUGCAGCGCACCCCCAAGCCCGAUGACGAUGCCGAGAAGGACCACCCCGGAAUCAAGUCCUACAGGACCACCGAGGAGAUGGUCAAGGAUGAAGGUGUCCAGGUGGUGGUCAUCACCACCGCUCCCGAUUCGCAUUACGCCUUGGCCAAGCUGGCCCUCGAAAAUGGAAAGCACGUUGUCUGCGAGAAGCCCUUCACCCCCACCACUCAGGAAGCCGACGAGCUGGUUGCUCUGGCUAAGAAGCAGAACAAGCUCCUGGCCGUAUACCAAAAUCGCCGGUGGGAUGCCGAUUUCGUGACCCUGUCGAAGCUCGUGAAGAACGGCUCCCUUGGCCGUGUGGUGGAGUUCGAGACUCACUUCGACCGUCACCGUCCCCAGGAGCCCUCCCCCGAUGUUUCUAAGUGGAAGAACAAGGUCAUCCCCGGUGGUAGCGCCAUCUAUGACCUGGGCGCCCACCUCUUGGACCAGGCCGUGCACCUGCUUGGCAAGCCGGAGCGCGUGACUGGAUUCAUUGGUUCCCAGCGCGAGGUCAACACUUCUGGUUUUGAGGACUCUUUCACUGUUCUGCUCCACUACCCCAAGGGUGUGCUUGUCACGGCCAAGGCUGGUGUCGUCAGCCCGGAAGAGGAGCAACUGCGCUUCUGGGUUCGUGGUGAGAAGGGCAGCUUCAAGAAGUUCCAUCUCGAUGUCCAGGAAGAGCAGCUCAAGUCUGGUGUGAAGCCAGGUGACAGCGGAUAUGGUCGCGAGCCUUCUGAGAGAUACGGUACUCUCACAACCAUCCAGGAUGGUAAGCCUGUGAAGGAAGUCAUGCCCACCGUAGAGCCCCCGACCUGGACGGAAUACUACCGGAAGCUGGCGCGGGCUCUUGGUGGAGAGGGUGAUCUCCCAGCCAGCGGAGCCGAGGCUCGUGAAGUGAUCCGGCUGAUUGAAUUGGCUCAGGAGAGCUCGAAGCAGGGAAAGACCCUGGAUGUAUAAAUUUUGCAUAAAUAGUGUGCCUCUCACGGGUCAUGAUUUAAUGAUGGAUAGAAUUAAUUUUGUAUUGUACAAGUGACAGUGUGAAGCCUUCAGCUAGUGAUUCUCUUAGGAGGAAUAGAUGCCGC